AUGGCAGGUGAAAUUUACGCCCAGAUCCCACUGAUGGUCUUAAGCAUAUCAUCAACAACUGCUUCACAUUCACAUAACCCUCGUCAUCUAAACACAUCGCACUCUUCAUCAAAUAGUUUCUCCAAAGGCAUGCCAAUGCAUUUCGUGCACCAGCUAUCAGAACUAAGACCCCUUAAACCAUCAAACCACAGAUUAAUUAACAUGCAACAUACGUACACACCAUCUGUAGCAGCAGCAGCAAAGCAGCAUGAAACUCUGCAUCUACUGGAGCAUUUCAGAGGAGUACAACCUAAUUACUAUAGUCCACGAAAUGGAAAGAGUAAAUUAAUGUUUCCACCGCCACCACCGCAGUGGCGAAUGCCACUUAUGCCUGACAACCAUUUCGAACGUCAUUCAAUAGACCGUCCCUCGGUGUCGGCUUUGUCAUCGUCUUCGUUUAGUAAUCAAAUACCACGUCCUCCACGGUUGACACGCACACAGAGUGACAAUCGACGACAUUACAUUGACUCCGAGUCGGAGCAACCGAGACCGUUUAAUUUUCCACUCGAAGGACCACAACCAUCAGAAUUCAAGAAAACUAAGAAAUCAAAGAAAAAAGAGAACAAGGUUAACAACAUCCAGGACAUUUUGAGACAAGAACCACUACCAGCGAAUGUCAACCAAUAUCAAAUGCCCGUUGGAAUUCAUAUCUCAGGAUCGUUUAAGAAUCUACAGAACAGUGGAAUAUCGAAUGUUUUCCGAAGAUACAUUCAAGUGCAGCCCCAAAUCGCUCAGAGCCAAGUUAACUACCAGCGAGUUGCGAUUGAUCCUUUCUAUCCUUACAAACCAAAGUCAUUGAAUGACAUCAACUCGUUAGCAAUGAAGCAGUUGGGCUUGAAUAGGAAGAAGAAGAAAACUAAUAACACCGCUGUGGCAGGGCUAGUAUUUCAACCGAGUGGACAGAGGCCUGUUUCAGCGGAUUACUACUUAGAAGCACUAAGGAUGAAUAACUCAUUGAAUGGCUUGGGUGCGCAACGAAAUUUGAAACACGAACCGUUUAGCCUCAAGCUAGAAGUCUAUCCGAUCCGCAGUGGCAAGAAAGCUCCAAUCGUCCCUUUGACUGUAGCCCCAUUCCUAACAACAAUUCAACCAAUGUCGCAGAACUUUCAACCCUUUUACCCAGCACAAAUGGGAACACCAUAUGGCAUGCCAGUUGAUAAUGGUGCAAACUAUUUAAAUUACAUGAAUAUGAACAUGCCUCAGCGACACAAGGGCAAACUAGCUCAUUCCCCGAGCCUCUACUCAAGUGCUUAUCAGCGAGAUAAGUCUCCUUUGGAGUCAGAUGCUCUCAACAAUGAUGGGGUCCAUAAACCUCGUGAAAAGAAACCCAAAUCAAGCGCUAAUCAAUUAAUGGUACAUCUGAAUGUUUUUCCAAGCAAGAAAGACAACAAUAUUGCGCCUCCUCCUCCACCGCUGCCACAAAACCAUCUCUACGAUGUAAUUCAUGCAGAUGUUCAUGAACGUAGCUCAGGGGAUUUGGUGGAAAAUAAAUAUAAAGCAAAUAAAACAUCAACUUAUAAUGACUGCGAUGUGGGUGAAAAAACUUUCGAGGAGACUGACGUCCUCAGUUCUACUGAUACUUCGUUGGAUUAUCAAAAAGGUAGAACCCUAAAUGAAGCCCCCGUCGUUGUGGAAAAUUACGCACCAUCCCAAAACGAACAGCAUAAGCCCCAAGAACUGACAUCAACUAAAAAUGUAUCUGGAAAUAGAACUGAAAAUAAUUCGGAAAAAUUUUCAACUUUCCGAUUCCCGGUAGAAAAUCUGCUGCAAUUUCAAGCAAACGAUGCUGUUAUUAAUAACUGAUUUUGUUUUUAUUUAUUAUAGUUAACAGUCAGUAAGUUAAAAAUAUU